AUGGCAAACUAUAAAAUUAUUCUGGUAAGCCUUUUUGUCAGUACCUCUGGCCUCAUGAUCGAAGAUGUCAAGAACCAGGUUGCAUUUGAGAAAGUUGGAGAGAUGGCAAGUUCUACAUCGUUUGCCCACCUGGGCUUCCGGCUCCAUCUGCCGGAACUCUUCGAUCGGUUGAACAAGGUGGCACUGAUGUUGGAAACUACUGAUUCAGCCGCCACCAGCCUGGACAAUAGGACCGACGUUCCCCUAAUCCGUCAUGCCAGACAUCAUCUAAAAGAAGAGACGGUGAGGUUGAAGAUGCUUAUACACAUGGCAACAAAGGAGGCUCAGCUAAAAGUUUAUGAGUCAAUCGAGGCUCAAGGAGGUUACAACUUCUCAAACAUCUUUGAGUCCUCCACCCAAUCAACCUCAUCAAUGGCAAAACCACAAAGGGAUAGGGUCAAGAGAUCAAGCCUCUUGGGAGUCGGAACUGUCCUGUCCUUUGGCUUGGGAGCAUACAACUCGAUCCAAAUCCAACGGAUCUCAUCAGCCAUCAAGAGGAAUGAUGCAAGAAACCAUCUGGUGACAGAGAUGCUGAUGACAGAAGGAGCAAGGAUCAACAGGCUCAUCAAUAGGAUGAAUUGGUUCAACAACGUCACUAUAGAGCUGGCAAGCAGAAUUGAAGAAAUCGGAUUGCUUGCCGUCCUACAGUCUACCAAGGAGGAACUGAUGGAACUGUACAUAUUGUCCACUGAAAUGGUACAAGACUACAGGUUAGGGAUUGAGCACCUUGCCGAACAUCGAGUCAGCCCAAACUUUCUCCAACCAGAAUCAGUGGAACGAAGCUUCAACAACAUCAGGAAGAAGGCAAAGAU